AUGUCAGGCGUGCGCGAACGCACAUGUUACGUCUCCAAUUUGCCACCGUUCGUGACAGCUGAUACAAUAGAAGAAUUUUUCAAAGGGGUGGGAAUAAUUGAAAGUGUGACAUUGAUCGAAAGGAUCUCCUAUCGCUUCGCGUUCGUUGUAUUUGAAUCCACAUUAAGCGUUCCGCAUGCUAUUACAAGGCUGCACCGUACUAAGCUACACGGCGUUCCGGUAUCUGUACAACCUCACCGUGGCUCGAAAAAGUUGGAACAAGUACGCUAUCUUGUGGAUACCUAUAAACGACGAGAGCCAGACGACUGUUCGGGUGAUUGCGGUUAUGAGAGGGAGAAAAAGAGGAGACGUACUUUGACGGAACAUAAUGACGAGCAUUGCCAAAGUAGUCCGGACCCAACGGAAAGUAAUGAUGAACCAUUCUGUUGUAAUACUGCUCCGAAAUCCUCAGCGCAGUUGGAUACACCUAGACGUCCAGCUUGCUCAUCAGCACUGGGUUUUCCUUCGUAG